AUGACGACCCCUAUCAGCAUUGAUCCCAAGGAUAUUCAAGCAUAUUGGGCCAAAUAUCAAGGGGACAAGUAUGUUGAGGGCUGGGCCUCCCUCUGGGACAAAGGUGAUAAUAUGCCCUGGGAUCGUGGCUUCCCCAACCCCGCGCUAGAAGACGCCCUGGUCCAGCGAGCUGGCACCAUUGGCAGGCCCAUCGCCCAGGAAGGUGAGAGGCGGAAGGCCCUGGUGCCCGGCUGUGGACGUGGAGUCGACGUGCUCUUACUCGCGAGCUUUGGGUAUGAUGCCUAUGGCCUGGAGUGCAGCGCCGCGGCUGUCGAAGCGUGCAAGAAGGAGGAGAAGGAGAACCAUAGUCGGUACCGCGUGCGAGAUGAGAAAGUCGGGAAAGGGAAGGUUACUUUCGUCCAGGGGGAUUUCUUUGAUGAUACCUGGUUGAAGGAAAUUGGAGUCCCUCGAGAUGGAUUUGAUGUCAUCUAUGAUUACACGUUUUUCUGUGCUCUGAACCCAGAGCUCCGUCCCAAAUGGGCUCUCCGACACACCGAGCUCCUUGCUCCCUCACCUGCAGGCCAUCUGAUCUGUCUGGAAUCUCCUCGUCAUAAGAACCCCUUGGCCCCCGGCCCUCCAUUUGCCUCUCCCUCCGAGGCCUACAUGGAGCAUCUGAGCCACCCCGGUGAGAAAAUCUCCUACAACGAUAAGGGUCUUGUCGAUGCGGACCCGUUGCGAGAGCCCAGAAAGGCGGGCCUGGAGAGAGUGGCGUUUUGGCAGCCAGAGCGCACGCACGCCGUGGGCAAGGAUAAGAACGGGGUGAUCCAUGACAGAGUCUCUAUUUGGCGUCGACGUGACUAGUAAAUGUGCCUGCGCGUUUGUGUGACCCAAAAAGGGAGGAAAUGUAGGGGAUUUGGGAGUCCGGCCCUGGAAUUCAAAGGCCAGCCCGUAGACGCUCAAGUGACAGUCGAAAUGAAGGGUCGGGAUGCAAAGGGCGCUUUUUUUUUAGAGUAAUUUCGCGGACAUAGGGAACAUAUACUGGGGAAGGAUUUCCUCAACUCCACAGCGGGAUCCUGCAAAGUAAGCGGAUAUCAUAUCUAUUGUAGACAAUUGAUCUUUUUAUACAUAGUUCAUGGUAUUUCGCACACAGGGUUAAACGCCCAAGGAUCAUCAAGGGUUGCAAGGCGAAUGGCAUUCUCAACAUCGCGCUUUCGGAACGCUGGUCCGCGACCGAGACAGAUAGUGCAGAGGGAAAGAU